GCAGCAGUAUAUAAACGGGCGCCCUCUGGACAAUCCCGCGCUCUACAAUAACACAAGACAUGGCGUUCAACGGAACCUGGAAAGUUGACCGUAGCGAGAACUAUGACAAGUUCAUGGAACAAAUGGGCAUUAAUGUGAUGAAGCGCAAGCUGGCUGAACACGACAACCUGAAGAUCAUCAUUGAGCAGAACGGCGACAACUUUCACAUCAAAGAAUCCAGCACGUUCCGCACUAAAGACAUCGACUUCACCCUCGGGACCGCCUUCGACUACAGCCUGGCUGACGGCACUGACGUCUCAGGCACGUGGCAGAUAGAAGGAGAUGUGCUAAAGGGUAAAUUCACCAGAAAAGAUAACAACAAGGUGCUAACCACCACCAGGAGUCUUGUGAGUGGAGAAUUGGUGCAGACUUACAACUACGAGGACGUUGAUGCAAAGAGAAUUUUCCAGAAGCAAUAAUUUUUACCUUGAUUUUUUAAACAUGUAUUUAUAGAUGUGUAUAUAUAGGGAAAUAACACUACUGUGUACUACCUUUGUGUGUUUUUUUGCCGUAAUUCGUCUAAUAAAAGUGCAUUUUUGUCA